AUGUUUCGGGAAGAGAGCAAGAAAAUCUUGAAGAACCAAGAUGGCAGUGAUUUUCCUCUGGUCUGUUUAAAGCAAAUCAAAAAUGUCGUCAUUCAGAGUUUGGAAUAUCCAUGGAUGGGCGAGGAAGAUGCGAAACCAACCGAUUUGGAGUAUGAACUUUUUUGUGGUGCUUUAGAAUCAUUCUGCUCAAAGCCACUUGUAGAACUCCUUGAUGACUGGAUGAUUUCAUUGGAAACUGUUUUGCCAGCCAUUCGAAGUAGUAUACGAAUAUACAGCAAAGCUGCUUGUCAAGAAAAAAUUCGUGAAAUGGAUACUGAAUUGGUGAGAUGGGUUGAAUUCGGACUUAGCGCAAGUGAAAAUACAUCUUAUGUAGAAAACAGCCAAAUGGUAAAAAUUGGUUGUAAGUUGGUUGAACAGCUAUCAGCAAUGCACGAUAAGAAUCUGAGCAUAAAAUUCAGUGAACCCCAGUAUUUGCGUCAUAUCAUGAAUAUCAUAUCAUCCAAGCUGUACUGUUCAUCAAUUAGAUGUGGAGCAGCUCGAGCAUUAUUGAAAAUUCUUUCUCAUCCUUUGAUAUCUUGGAAACUGAUGUUGACAAAACUAGGAAGUAGAGAAUAUAACUUGUAUGAACAAAUUGUGGAUUUCUUCAUCAACCCGACGGGUGUUUCAUUAGAUUUAUUAGCGGUUCUUCGAGAUAUUGUCUCAUAUUUUUCAUUUAAACAUAGCACGGAUAUUGUUGUCAGUUGUGCUCGCAAACUUUGUGUGGAUGAUACUUGUACUAAUGAUGGAGAAAUAUCACAGCUAAUAUCAUCAUUCGAUAUUUUGCACGAUUUUUUUUCAAAAAUAAGGAAUGAUUUUGGUUAUACUUCAUGCAUAGCACAUCAAGCUGUUGUUAAAAGUCGUUUGAUUCCUCAUAUCUGUGCACAUAUUGCUGCACCUACUCAUAGUGCAAGAACAAGGUUUUCGGCAGUUCGAUGUCUCCGAAUGUUGUGUGAUCUCAAUAAUGAUGAUAUUAGUGGAGUUCUUUUUCUAGCAUAUAUGGAUGCAGAAACCGUAACGUUGGUUGCAAGAAUGCUUAACCGAGUCUCGGAAGAAAACGAAGUUUCAUUGUUACCGUUCGCACUGCGCGCAAUUGUUCUAAUUGAUCAGUUAGCUGCUGUAAAUGAGAAGAAAGUUUUGAAAUUGUUUACUUCCAUAGUCGAUGUUUCUGCGCGUAUAAAUAUAUUGCAGAACAUGUUGUAUAUGCUCUAUUUUCAUGAAGGACGUUUGGCAUUGAUUUCUGCACUGUCUUUUCGAGAUAAUCUGAAGCAUUUAUUAUUUAUAUUUGAUGUUCAGAAAUCGAUGUUUUUGAGUGCUGGUUAUAUCGAUGAUGAGUUGAAAAUGCGCUUCAGGCAAACUACUGUUUAUGGAUAUCUGUGUGAAAUUCUAUUUUCAUUAGCUCGUAAUCAGUCUAGUGGAACAUUCUGGAGAAAAAAUGGCCCUAAAAUUAGUAAGUUAAUCGACUGCAACUUGAUCUCAGCUGCUACAUCGUUAAAACAUUGGUUGGAACCAUUUCGAGAAGAACUGAUGCUUGGGACAGGCAUGAGCACAUUGAAUCUUCUCUUAAUAAGAUUGAACGAUCAGGGUGAUAAAUAUAUUGAAGGUGAUCCACCUUUACCAUUGAUAACAUUAUUGCGGUUAAUUGAUUCAAUUUUUGAUGAACCUGAAAGGGAAGCACCUUUCAAUCUUUCAUAUGAUGAGAUCCGUUUUGAUUUUCAUGGAAGAUUCUAUGAAAAUGGUGGAUUCGAUAGAAUUAGACAUGUAUUAUCUAUAGCAAACAAUCAACAGAGCAAAAGAAUUUUGGAACGAUGUACGACAUUUACGGGGGAUUCCUAUAUUUAUUGCCAGUUUGUUCGUUCCGCGAUUAGUGUUAUGUAUAAAUUAUUGACAUCUUUAGAAAUUAUCAAUUGGUAUCCAGAUAAGUUGACAGUGGACACGUUGUUGAGGACUUAUACACUCUGUUGUAUAGAUGAAUCAUGUUGCGAUCAGAGAGUGAAAGAAAUUGUUCUGAAAUCUUUCGCACUUUUUAUAUGUCAAACUCGCAACAGCCAGAUCAGAACAAAGAAAAGUUCUCGGCAACCGUUCUUGGAAUUUUUCUUGUUUUGUGGGUUUGAAAAUCCAUCAUAUUUCUUAGCAACACUAGACAUUUUACGACAGUUACUCCCACUUCCUUCGAAUUUGUUGGCAAAUAUAGCUGGCAUGGACAUGAAAAAAAUUAUGUAUGUGGAAAAAAUGUGGAAUGCGAAUAUUUCAAAAUGCAGUUUUCAGCUGGAAUUUGCAGUCACGCUCGGAACUGCAUCUUCGCAACGAUUGAGGCAAUGCUUAUUCGAUGUAUGUAAACGUUUAGCCUAUUUAUCCGAGGAUAAUGCAUUGCUUAUAGCCGAAAUUCUUAUAAAGCAAAGUUCAAAAGUUUUGACAUCUUCCGCCUGUUCGAUGGUUAUUGAUGGUAUGAAAGAUGAUUUAAGCGAAGAAGAAUCAGAUAUUCGGUUUGGUAGUGCUGCCGAUAGUAUUAUGGCUUCAUUCUAUGCGUUUCUAGCUGUAUGUUCUGGAGAAUUUAUACUUCGAGAUGCGAUAGUUGCUGUUAUUUCAAAACGCCGAAACUACAUUUCAACGCUGCUGAAAUUUUUCAAACUAGCCAGUCGAAAAACAUUACCUCAUGUUAUGUUCCAGACAUAUGUUAUUAAUUUUUUUCAAAAUAUUUGUUAUUUUGACAAUGAAACGGAUAUCAAACAUAACUGCUUACCUCGUGAUAUGUAUAUCGUAGUAUGUCAAAGCCUCGUGGAACAUUUUGGAAACAUACAUCAUAACAAGGAAACAGUUCUUCUUGCGCUGAAAAGCAUUUGUAUUAUUGGACGUUCUUCAGAAUUGGGACGCGCUGUAAUUAGUAAUGCACUGAUUUCUAACGAAAGUGCUGUGUUACGUUUUAUAAAUCGUUUCAUUACCAUGAGCGAACCAGAUUUAGAAUUAUUCUCACAAGUGGCAACGCAUCUUGCUGAACUUUUCAGGGAUAUUUUAAAAAACGAUUCAGUCAAGUCUGUUGUAAUCAAAUCCCAAAUUUCUGCCAGUUCUGAAGAGCACCCACUAAUGCGUUUUAACAGUCUUCUAGUGGAAUCAGAGUGCUCACAAGAUGUGAUCUUAACUUUGGAUGAACUCUUAAAUGUUUCGAUUCAUGACGACUUUGUGGAUGUCGUAUUAGAAGACUUGGAAGCUUAUGAAUGGCCUGAAAACUUGGUUAGUGUGCAACAAGUCGAUAGUCAGCAAAUGACUAGUCAUCAGCUAAAAAAUCUUUUGAAUUUGUGA